AAGUUAGUCCAAUAGGAAGCCGCAGCAACCCACAUGUUGCACAUAUAAGUUUUGGAAGGUCGGUCUUCUGCACUAAUUUUCACCUUCAUUUCUCCCUACAAAGCACACCUUUUCUUUCUCAUUCUUUGUCUGAUUAUUGCCACUUGCACUUGAAAGGGUGUUUUCACUUUUGAUAUCUUUCUUGUUGAAGUUUUGAAGAGAUACAAGUUUAAAGUUGCAAUCUUAGCUGUUUGGGGUUAAACUUGGAGGCAGUUUCUUGGAUUAUAUGGGAGACUGUGUACCUUCAGCCCCCUUAAUGGAAGAGGAAGAAAACCUGAUAGCUGCUGCACAGAACAUUGUGAAAGCGUUGGGGUCAAAUAGGACUUUAACAGAUGAUGCUAGAAAAAUCUUGGCUGAUCUAGGGUCUCAAUUGUCUUCCAUAACUAGAGUGAGUGAAACCCAAGAUGAGGGAGAUGAGGAGCAGCUUAUUGAGAUGGAGGAGGAGCUUAAUUUAGUGCAAGGUAAGGUCAUGAACUGGGAGGUGGGCAAGUCAAUGUUAUGGGAUUGUGGGCAGGAAGAAGCAUAUGAGUAUUUGAGGUAUGUCGAUCAGGUGCGAAAGUUGAUUGAGAGAUUGGAGAGUUCGGACUUGGUUAAAGGUAGCAAAGAGGAUGAGCUUCUUCUUAGGGCUCACGAUCUUCUGCAAACAGCAAUGAAUCGACUUGAGGAGGAGUUUACGCAUUUGCUUGUUCACAACAGGCAGCCUUUUGAGCCGGAGCAUAUGUCUUUUCGUUCCAGUGAAGACGAUACGUUAGAUGAUGGCUCUAUUGUGUCGUUUGGGGAUGACUCGAUUGAGGAUGUGGUUCAAAGAGAUAGCAUGAGUAGGAGCUCGGAGGAGUACAUCAUUGAACUGGUGCAUCCAGAUGUUAUUCCUGACUUAAGAUGCAUUGCCAAUUUGAUGUUUGAUUCAAAUUAUGGCCGGGAGUGUUCUCAGGCAUUUAUCAAUGUCAGAAAAGAUGGCUUGGAUGAUUGCCUCUUCAUUCUUGAAGUAGAGAAGUUGAGCAUCGAGGAUGUAUUGAAGAUGGAAUGGAGCUCGUUGAACUCCAAAAUCAGGAGGUGGAUACGGGCUAUGAAGAUCUUUGUGCGCAUUUAUCUUGCCAGUGAAAAAUGGCUAAGUGAUCAAAUUUUUAGCGAGCUGGAAGCAGUUAGUUCAGUUUGCUUUGCUGAGGCCUCAAAAGCUUCAAUCUUGCAGCUUCUGAACUUUGGUGAAGCCAUAGCGAUUGGACCUCAUCAACCAGAGAAGCUGAUUCGGAUUCUUGACAUGUAUGAGGUGCUUGCAGAUCUUAUCCCAGAUAUUGAUGCUAUGUACUCUGAUGAGGCAGGUUUAUGUGUUAGAACUGAGUGCCAGGACAUCCUUAGAAGCUUGGGUGAUUGUGCAAAGGCAACCUUUCUGGAAUUUGAAAAUGCCGUUGCUUCCAGCAUAUCAGUCAACCCUUUUCCUGGUGGCGGAAUACACCAUCUUACGAGGUAUGUCAUGAACUACAUGAAAACUCUUAUAGAUUAUAGCAAGACACUUGAUGAGCUUCUGAAGGGUCACGAGAAGGAGGAUUCAGUGGCCAUCUUACCAGACAUGACACCCGAUAAAGAAGAAGAUAGCACAGACAGACGCUGUUACAUUUCUCCGCUGGCUCAACAUUUUCGAUCCUUCACUUCAAUUUUGGAAUGUAACCUUGAGGAUAAGUCCAGGUUAUACAAGGAUGAGUCUCUAGGUCACCUUUUCUUAAUGAAUAAUAUUCAUUACAUGGCUGAAAAGGUGAAGAAUUCCAAUCUAAGAACAAUACUCGGUGAUGGUUGGAUUCGAAAACAUAAUUGGAAAUUCCAGCACCAUGCAAUGAGUUAUGAGAGAACUACUUGGAGCUCAAUCCUCUCUUUACUCAGAGAUGAAGGGCUACAGAAUCCAGGCUCGAAUUCUAUCUCCAGAACUCUUCUCAAGGAGAGAUUAUACAACUUCUAUCUCGCAUUUGAGGAUGUUUACAAGAGCCAGACAGGAUGGUCAAUCCCAGAUAGUCAACUUCGUGAAGAUCUUCGAAUCUCAACAUCACUCAAGGUUAUCCAGGCAUACAGAACAUUUGUUGGAAGGCACAUCAACCAUAUAAGUGAUAAGCACAUAAAGUAUACUGCGGAUGAUUUGGAGAACUUCCUUUUGGAUCUCUUCGAGGGAUCUCCAAGAUCUUUACAUGGUUCCCACAGAAAGUGAGCUUACUGUGCUAAUCAGGCAUUUCUGCCAAAGGAAAUCAAGAUUCUUAAUCCUCAAUCAUACUUGUUAUACAUUUAGAUAUAUCUGUUUUUGUAAUCUGAUGAAUUCAUAACUUUUUGAAUGUAGAAAUUGAUGUUAUGUGCAAUGCAUAGAUUAAGAGUAUUUUUUA